CGGAGCGUCUGGCCCGGCCCGGCCCGGAGUCGCCGUCGGGUCUCUGGCCACCCGCUGGUGGCCUCCUGCUCGCCUUUCCACCCUCCCCGAGCGAGCCGGGGCGCAGCUGCGGGGGACGCGCGAGGGGCGCGGAUGCUCUUGCCGCCGGGGGCUCUCCCUGUGCGUUUGAAGGGAGUUAGUGGGCCGCGGCCCCUGGAAGCUAACGUGGGACAAUCUGCUUCUUAACGGCUCCAGAGUCAGCUUGAAGAGGAAGAUCAAGCUCAGGACGGAGUCCCCAUGGAGGUGUGGAGCCUGGUCACCAACCUCUAACUGCAGAACUGGGAUGUGGAGCUGGAAGUGCCUCCUCUUCUGGGCUGUGCUGGUCACAGCCACACUGUGCACUGCCAGGCCGGCCCCGACCUUGCCUGAACAAGCCCAGUCCUGGGGAGCCCCUGUGGAAGUGGAGUCCUUCCUGGUCCACCCUGGUGACCUGCUGCAGCUUCGCUGUCGGCUGCGGGACGAUGUGCAGAGCAUCAACUGGCUGCGGGACGGGGUGCAGCUGGUGGAGAGCAACCGUACCCGCAUCACGGGGGAGGAGGUGGAGGUGCGGGAUUCCGUGCCUGCUGACUCCGGCCUCUACGCUUGUGUGACCAGCAGUCCCUCGGGCAGUGACACCACCUACUUCUCCGUCAAUGUCUCAGAUGCUCUCCCCUCCUCAGAGGACGACGAUGAUGAUGAUGACUCCUCUUCAGAGGAGAAAGAGACAGAUAACACCAAACCAAACCGUAUGCCCGUGGCUCCGUACUGGACAUCCCCAGAAAAGAUGGAAAAGAAAUUGCACGCGGUGCCGGCUGCCAAGACCGUGAAGUUCAAAUGCCCUUCCAGUGGGACUCCCAACCCCACGCUGCGCUGGUUGAAAAAUGGCAAAGAAUUCAAACCUGACCACAGGAUUGGAGGCUAUAAGGUCCGUUACGCCACCUGGAGCAUCAUAAUGGACUCCGUGGUGCCUUCUGAUAAGGGCAACUACACCUGCAUUGUGGAGAACGAAUAUGGCAGCAUUAACCACACCUACCAGCUCGAUGUCGUGGAGCGGUCCCCUCACCGGCCCAUCCUGCAGGCGGGGCUGCCUGCCAACAAGACAGUGGCCCUGGGCAGCAAUGUGGAGUUCAUGUGUAAGGUGUACAGUGACCCACAGCCGCAUAUCCAGUGGCUCAAGCACAUCGAGGUGAAUGGGAGUAAGAUUGGUCCCGACAACCUGCCUUAUGUCCAGAUCUUGAAGACUGCCGGAGUUAAUACCACCGACAAAGAGAUGGAAGUGCUUCACUUAAGGAAUGUCUCCUUUGAGGACGCGGGGGAGUAUACGUGCUUGGCGGGUAACUCUAUCGGACUCUCCCAUCACUCUGCAUGGUUGACCGUUUUGGAAGCCCUGGAAGAGAGGCCAGCAGCGAUGACCUCGCCCCUAUACCUGGAGAUCAUCAUCUACUGCACAGGGGCCUUCCUCAUCUCCUGCAUGGUGGGCUCUGUCAUCAUCUACAAGAUGAAGAGUGGCACCAAAAAGAGCGACUUCCACAGCCAAAUGGCUGUGCACAAGCUGGCCAAGAGCAUCCCUCUGCGCAGACAGGUAACAGUGUCGGCCGAUUCUAGUGCAUCCAUGAACUCUGGGGUUCUGCUGGUUCGGCCCUCACGUCUCUCCUCAAGUGGAACACCCAUGCUGGCUGGGGUCUCUGAAUAUGAGCUUCCCGAAGACCCUCGCUGGGAACUGCCUCGAGACAGGCUGGUUUUAGGCAAACCCCUGGGAGAGGGCUGCUUUGGGCAGGUGGUAUUGGCAGAAGCCAUUGGGCUGGACAAGGACAAACCCAACCGUGUGACCAAAGUGGCCGUGAAGAUGUUGAAGUCGGAUGCUACAGAGAAAGACCUGUCAGACCUGAUCUCAGAAAUGGAGAUGAUGAAGAUGAUCGGAAAGCACAAGAACAUCAUCAACCUGCUGGGGGCGUGCACGCAGGACGGUCCCUUGUAUGUCAUCGUGGAGUAUGCUUCCAAAGGCAACUUACGGGAGUACCUGCAGGCCCGGAGGCCUCCUGGGCUGGAGUACUGUUACAAUCCCAGCCACAACCCAGAGGAGCAGCUCUCCUCCAAGGACCUGGUAUCCUGCGCCUAUCAGGUGGCCCGAGGCAUGGAAUAUCUCGCCUCAAAGAAGUGCAUACACCGAGACCUGGCUGCCAGGAAUGUGCUGGUGACGGAGGACAACGUGAUGAAGAUCGCAGACUUUGGCCUUGCAAGGGACAUUCACCACAUCGACUACUAUAAAAAGACAACCAACGGCCGGCUGCCUGUGAAGUGGAUGGCACCUGAGGCCUUGUUUGACCGGAUCUACACCCACCAGAGUGACGUCUGGUCUUUUGGGGUGCUCCUUUGGGAAAUCUUCACUCUGGGAGGCUCCCCGUAUCCUGGUGUGCCUGUGGAGGAGCUUUUCAAGCUGCUGAAGGAGGGUCAUCGAAUGGACAAGCCCAGUAACUGCACCAAUGAGCUGUACAUGAUGAUGCGGGAUUGCUGGCAUGCAGUGCCCUCUCAGAGACCUACCUUCAAGCAGCUGGUGGAAGACCUGGAUCGCAUCGUGGCCUUGACCUCCAACCAGGAGUACCUGGACCUGUCAGUGCCCCUGGACCAAUACUCUCCAAGCUUCCCUGACACCCGAAGCUCCACCUGCUCCUCGGGGGAGGAUUCCGUCUUCUCUCAUGAGCCGUUGCCUGAGGAGCCGUGUCUGCCCCGACACCCAGCCCAGCUUGCCAAUGGCGGACUCAAACGACGCUGACUAGCACCCCCGUCCCUCCUGCCCAGACCCCCUCAUCAGCUGUCACCCUCACCCCCCACCCCUCCCUCCCUGUGGGACUCACGGCCUUCCCCUCUGCCCCUUUCCUGCUGGCAGGAGCCAGCUACCUACCUGAGGCCUUCACCCCAUGGAGUUCACCUCUCCGUCCUCCUCCUCUCAACCUGCUUGUGAGAGAGAAGAGCAGAGAGGCAGGUACUUGCUCAUGGCCACUUCGUUCCCUCCCACGUGUUGGACCAAGACCCCUCCCGCCACCUGGCUCCGCCCAGAGGGCUAGGGAGUGGGAGCCAAGCCAAGCAGGCACUCAAGCGAGAGCUGAGCUUUCCUGCAUUGGUUUUGUCUGCUUCCAGUAACCUGUAAGCCUGAGUUCUGAUGGCAAGGGGCCUCGUCCUCAGGGCCAAAGCAGUAGCGAGGGGAGGCCAGUGCUUCCAGGCCUCGGCUGACGGGCCUCGGCUGAAGGCAACCUCUGCUCCAGAUAGAUGGUGCCAGUGGCUUAUUAAUUCCGAUACUAAUUUGCUUUGCUGACCAAAUACCUGGUACCAGAGGGUGGGGAGGCAGAGGCAGGGAGCAGUGUCGUGGCCCUGGGGCCCAGCCCCAAAUGGGGGGCAUUGUACAUAGCUAUGAAGAAAACACAAAGUGUAUAAAUCUGAGUAUAUAUUUACAUGUCUUUUUAAAAGGGUCGUUACCAGAGAUUUACCCCUUGGGUAAGAUGCUCCUGGUGGCUGGGAGGCAUCAGUUGCUAUAUAUUAAAAACAAAGAAAAAAGAAAAAAAAAAGGAAAAUGUUUUUAAAAAGGUCAUAUAUUUUUUGCUACUUUUGCUGUUUUAUUUUUUUAAAUUAUGUUCUAAACCUAUUUUCAGUUUAGGUCCCUCAAUAAAAAUUGCUGCUGCUUCAUUUUUAUAUGGGCUGUGUGACAAGGGAGAGGAUGUCAGCUGAGAAGGAAAAAGCCCGGUGGUCCCCUGGAGCCGUUUCUGUCCAGAGGGCGCCCUGGCUCCCUGCAGUGCCCUCCUAACCUCUUCCCCUUAGGUCCUGACACCAAGACCUCCAGGACAAAUCUCCUACCACUCUGAUGCUUUUUUGGGAAGGUGGGAAAGGACGUCUGUGUAGGGGGCAGGAACCUCCUGUCAGUGCCCUGGAGGCACUGGGCCCAGAGCCAAGGCCCCAGGCCCUCAACCACAGAGUGUUUCCUCAGAGAAGACGGGUGGGUGUGGGUGGGGCUGGAGGGUCAGGAGGGGUGCUGGGGGCCUACCUGGGAAUAGCCGAGGGGGGAGAGCUAAAGUGAUUUAAGGGGAAAUCUAAGGAUCACGGGACCAAGGGCCUGAGGAAACUCAAAUCCAGAGUUCCGUCUAGCCCUUUACGUGGGUGUGGUUUUGUCUGUGCUUCUGUGUGAGGAAAAACUUGUCACCUAAAAACUUGUCAUCAGUUUGACAUUCGUUCAGCUUCAUGUUUCUCGGCUUACUCUGGUCACGAUUCCCACAGCCACCCCCCACUUCACACACACACCCCCAUUCUAUCUGUAUCUGUGACCAGACUUCAUGUGUUGGAACUAUCGCAGAUCUUGGCUUCCUGUAGUCCUUCCUGUACAAACUCCACCCCAUCCCCCAGGAAAAGGGGGAAAAAUUCUCUGAAUGUUUGCGUUUUGGCUGCUUGGAAAUGUGCUUUCUCUGCCCCCUGCUGGUGAUCCCUGCGCUCUGCACGAGGAUCUCUGCUCCUCAGACCUCAGCGCGGACCCUGCUAGAACCCUGCCCCGCCCCUAGAGCUGACUCACUUCUGCGGGAUUACGCUAAAUACAAAAGAGCGUGAUCCGCUUGCAUUUCCUUUCUGAGCUAGCUAGCUAUUUGGGGCAGCUGCAGUGUUGGCCACUGUUGUAAGUUCUCUUUUAUCCUUGUGUCUCUCUGUAAAUAUGCGUCUGUCAACAUAUUACAGUUUGUGUUUAAAGAAGGCAUAAUUUGGUGAACAGAGCCAAGAACUGAAUUUCUGCUCUUAAAAUCAUUUGCUUUGAGACCUUAGAGUGGUGUCUUUUCCUUGUAAAACCCUAAUGAUGAUUUCUGCCUUGGCCCUCUCUUGAAGCGAUGUCACGGGCAUGGAUGAAGGAUCUUUAAAGGGCUUUAAGCGCCUGCGGGAAAGAUGCCGGAGAAAUACAAGGCACUGUUGUUAUAACCGUGAUGUCCUUGCUGUUACUACUCAAAUCACCCACAAAUUUCCCAAGAGACUGAGCUGGCUGUCAAAUAAAAGAUAGUAAAAUUGA